AUGUUCACCUUCUGCCAUGUUUGCCAACCCUCCUUGAAAGUCGGGGGACUCCUCCUAAUGACUCGGAAUAUGUUUUGUUGUAUUUGCAGCAUUAACAUUCCUUUGCAGCCGAAAAUGUCUAUAGAAUAUAUAGUAUAUAUAUAUAUUGCGCAAACAGGCUUAAGUAGAACUCAUCCGAUGUCAUUGGAAAUGAAUCCGGAUCGAAUAUCAAUCAAUUGGCUGGCAGUGACAUUCGAGGAACGGUGUCGGGCUCUAAUCACCCAAAAGAUUCUCAACACAUUUUGCAAAUUGCUUUCAGUUCUCAAAUUGUGGGAAUCGGACAAGGGAACGGGAUUCAUUCAGAGGGUUACUUAA